AUGGCAUUAACUUAUUUGGUGACGGGCGCUUCUCGAGGACUCGGAUUGGAAUUUGUACGUCAACUUGCCGAAAAGAAGCACACAGUCAUUGCUUGCGCCCGAGCCCCAGACAACUCUCAAGAAUUGAAAAAGCUGGUGGACAAUAAACAUGUUUAUGCAGUGACGCUGGAUACGGUGGAUGAAGCCUCCAUCAAGUCUGCGGUGGCUGCCGUGGUCAAGAUUGUACCUGAUGGUAUCGAUGUUCUUAUCAAUAACGCAGGUGUUAUGGGUGAAGAUGGCGAUGUCCUUGCAGCACCUGCCAAGGAAUACAUGCGUGUUUUUGAAACGAAUGUGGUCGGCACGGCCAGCGUUAGUCAAGUGUUCCUUCCUCUUUUGCGCAAACGCAAUACACGACGUAUCAUAAAUAUAUCGUCCGACGAUGGGUCCAUUGCCAAUACACACACAGGCUAUAGCUCCGCAUACCACGUCUCCAAAGCGGCCUUGAACAUGCUCACCAAAGCUUGGGCCUCUCAUCUGCAACCUGAACAUUUUACAAUCGUAGCAAUUCAUCCCGGAUGGAUCCAGACCGAUAUGGGUACAUCCAUGGCCCCGCUAACCCCGCGAGAAGCCAUUGCCGAUGUCUUGAACACUGUGGAACAAUUGGGAACCAAGCACAGCGGACUCUACAUGAACAAUAAGGGAGAACGCAUGGCCUGGUAA